AUGCCAUCGUUCUCUUUGGGGACUCCAUCACCCAAGGCGAGUUCCGGCUCCCGUCGUCUAACAUUGACUAUUCUCAUUCGACACACAGGCGGAUGGGAAGCUGGCGGAUUUGCCCAGAAACUCGCAUAUGUCUACGCUCGUAAGAUGGACGUGAUCAAUCGCGGGCUUGGGGGUUAUAAUUCAGAGUGGGGAAUUCCUGCAUUUGAGCAAAUGUUUACAAAGGACAAGACUGGGACGCAUCCGAAAUGCAAACUCCUGACGAUCUGGUUUGGAGCAAACGACGCGUGUCUUCCGUUUAGCAACCAGCACGUACCCCUUGACAAGUACCAGCAAAACCUUACGUGGAUGGUCCAGGCCCUGCGCACACCCUCAUCGGAAUACUACGCGCCUUGGACACGAAUCAUUCUCUUGACACCUCCACCGAUCCAAGUCGACGCAUGGGCACAGCACAUUGCUGAACGGGAUCCGCCAAAGGACAUGGACCGGACGUGGGAGAACACAAAGGCGUACGCAGACGCUGCCAAAGAGGUUGCACGGGAGCUAAGGGUCCCAGUCGUGGACGCUUGGGACGCCAUCUGGAAAGCGGCGGGAGAGGAGACUUUGGGGCUGACGAGGUUCUUGAGUGACGGGCUGCAUUUGACAAGAGAAGGAUACGAGGUUGUAUACAACGAGCUGAUCAAGGUGAUUGAGAAAGAGUACCCAGAGCUUCACUACGACAAGUUGCCUCUGAUACUACCUGCGUGGGACACGGUGGAUCCCAAGAACCCUCGUGCUUCUGUAGUAUCUCACUAUGUCGACGUAUGA